UGCGUCGUUAUUCCGAUAGUGGUGAGCUGGCUUUCGAGUAGCAAGUGAGAGAGUUUAUUUCUGUAUUAUCAGUGCAUUUUUAUUCCUUCAGCACAAUGACCAAGCUCCUGGAGUGGCUUCUUGGUGUGUCGCUGAUCAGCAUGGCAUGGGGACUCGUUACCUUUGACCUCCUUGAUUUGCAGUUGCCUCCUCAGUAUAGAGAGCUGGCGUGGCCAAUCCCUGUGUAUCUGCUGGUGGCGUUUGGGUGUUAUUCACUGACAACUGUUGGCUACCGUGUGGCCACGUUUAAUGACUGUGAGGACGCAGCCAAAGAGUUGCAAUCACAAAUAAAAGAAGCCAAAGAGGACUUGAAGAAGAAAGGACUGAAGAUGUGAGAAUAACAUCUUACUGUUUCUCACAUGCAUCAACUGUUUUGUAUUUUGUUUUCAUAUUACAAAUGCAAACAUAGUCUAAUUGUUUCUGUCUACUUUGUGAUGUCUGUACUGUAUGCACUAAGAGCUGCAGCUCAAAGCUGUCCCAGCUUGGUUCAAGUCUUUUCUUCAACACGAUAUUAAUAAUAGUUUGAAAUGUAAACACCUGCACACGUGUGAAUGAUCUAUUUCCAGCAUUAUGACCAUCUUAUUUAAAACAUUACAGUCAGGCACAUGCACGUAUUGUCAAUGUAGAGCAGUGCUAUUUCUGUACAACCUCCAGAGUGUGUGUAUUUGCACUGGCCGGGGAAUGAAUAUGUUUUUUUUGAACCAGUUGUUUUUAGCGGAGUCAGAAUUCUGUGUCAGACUUAGAAACAAACCCACAAUGUAGAUUUGUGCUUGCACAAGGACAGCGUUUCAGUAAAUCAAAAUAUGUGGAAUAGAAUUUUGAUUUAAAUAUGAACCAUGGGACUGUGCUAACGCUCACAAACUUUAAUAAGGGGUAAACCCUUAAAUAAGGGUUCUACGCAAUUUUUGUUAUCCAAGUAGUUUAAAGCACUUCUUAACAGAAGUGUCCUACAUAGGGCUUUUUUAAUUAAAAAAUAUAUAUUUGUUUGUUAUUGACAGCUGUAUGGGGUUUAUUUUAUGACACCAAAAUCUCUUUUUUACUUUACUGGAGGCUACUGAAAGACUUAAGAGGUAGCAUAAUGUCUACCUGUCUAAUCUCUCUCUCUCUCUCUAUAUAUAUAUACUGUAUAUAAUGUGUAUGUAUAUUAACAUUAACAUUUUUGUAUUUUUGGACCAGUUUUAAAGUUUUAUUUGAUUUUUCUUCCUGAAAUCCAACCUUCUGCUGGGAUCAGUAUAAUCCUGAAUUUAUUUUUUUUUUUGGACCAAAGCUAUCCGAAUCUUACUAAAGAGUUUUGAACAACACACACUGGUGAUUUGGUCCAGAUCAAAACCAAGACUAUAUUUUGUGAUCUAAUUUGAUUCCAGAAUUUUUUUCUUUUGAGCAACCCAUUUUCAAGAUUUGAUUCAUUUCAAUAGCUCAAAUCUGAUCAGAUUACUUUCAGACAACUUGCCCCCGGGGUUAAACACUAUCAUGUGAAAAACCAGCAAACGUGUUGAAAAAGACUUUUUUUUUAUUGCUUAUUAUUUUGAAAAUUAAUGUUUGAUACACAAUACAUAGUGAUUCAUUCUCGGUUGUUCAAUUCUUGCUCUGCUGUACUCUGCCUUAGAUUCUGAUCUAAAAAAAAAACACUUCUGUGCACAUAAAUUCUGAAAUGUGAUCCACGUCCAUGUGUUGGCUCUUAAAACACUAAUCCCCAAGCCACUAAGUGCACACGGGCGCUGUAUAUAGUGCUGAAUUAAUCUGGUGUUCUUGGCAAGCAAAGCUCAUUCGUUUUAACUUUAAUUUUUGGUUCCCCCUUCACCUGUGAACAGGCCUCUACCUGUCUGGAGAACAAGAAAAAAAGUAGGUUUUUGAUAAGUUUGCAGUUUUCCUCUGCGACUGCUGAUUGGCUCCUGUUCAAAUCUCUGAUGUCACCCCCUGCAGCCUCUUACAGGCUGUUGUUACUUAAGGCCUGUUUUUCACAAACCAAUAGCAGCAUAUGUAUGAGAGAACAGCAUCAGCAUUUUCUCUACUGAAAUCACAGAACGAUUAACACCACAUUUAUGCUUUGAGAUGCGGUUUAAACAGCUGAGAAACUAAAUAAAUGAUUUCUGUUGCAGUUUUGAAUAUAAAAAUCUGUGCUUGAACUAAAAGAUUCAAUGAUCUGAUUCAAUGACCUAUUAUUGAGACGAAAAAGAGAAAAUUACAGGUUUUGCUUUCUGUUCCAAGGUAAUUUUCUGAUCGUGAUCAAUAAAUGUCUCUGAAAUGUA